CAGCCCAGUUUCAGUUCGAAUUUUGCGAGUGGAAGUAUCAGACCCCCACGUUACCGAUCCGUUCACAAUGUUCUCCAAGCUUUCCACACGCGGCAUUGCCACCCGCCUGAGCUGCCUGGCCCAGAAGACGGCACCCAAGGAGACCACCACAUCCACCGGAUCCCAGUCUGCAUCCGAGGCAGUCUUUGCCCGGGAGCAGAAAUACGGCGCCCACAAUUACCAUCCACUGCCAGUGGCCCUGACCAAGGGCGAGGGCAUCUUUGUGUGGGAUGUGGAGGGUAAACGCUACUUUGAUUAUCUGAGCGCCUACUCCGCCGUCAAUCAGGGCCACAGCCAUCCCAAAAUUGUCAAGGCACUCACGGAACAGGCCUCCAAGCUGGCUCUGACCUCCAGAGCCUUCUAUUCGGAUGUCCUGGGCGAGUACGAGGAAUUUGUGACCAAGUUCUUUGGCUACGACAAAGUUCUGCCCAUGAACACCGGAGUGGAGGGCGGCGAGACGGCCUGCAAGCUGGCCCGCAAAUGGGGCUACGAGCAGAAGAAGAUACCCAAGAACCAGGCCAAGAUCAUCUUUGCCAGAAACAACUUCUGGGGCCGCACCCUGUCGGCGGUGUCCGCCUCGAAUGACCCCAUCAGCUACGAGGGAUUCGGUCCCUUCAUGCCGGGCUUCGAGCUGAUCGACUACGAUAAUACCACGGCCCUCGAGGAGGCCCUCAAGGAUCCGAAUGUGUGCGCCUUCAUGGUGGAGCCCAUCCAGGGCGAGGCUGGCGUGGUGGUGCCCACCGAUGGCUACCUGAAGAAGGUCCGUGAGCUGUGCAGCAAGCACAAUGUCCUCUGGAUCGCAGACGAGGUGCAGACCGGGCUAGCCCGCACCGGACGCAUGCUGGCCGUCAACUACGAGGAUGUGCAGCCGGAUAUCCUCAUCCUGGGCAAGGCACUGUCCGGCGGCAUGUAUCCCGUCUCCGCGGUGCUCUGCAACGAUCAGGUGAUGCUCUGCAUCAAGCCCGGCGAGCAUGGCUCCACCUAUGGUGGCAAUCCCCUUGGCUGUCGUGUGGCCAUGGCCGCCCUGGAGGUGCUGCGCGAGGAGAAUCUGGCCGAGAAUGCCUACAAAAUGGGCGAACUUCUGCGCAGCGAACUGGGACAGCUGCCCAAGGAUGUGGUCUCUGUGGUCCGUGGCAAGGGACUGCUCAAUGCCAUUGUCAUCAAUCAGAAAUACGAUGCCUGGAACGUGUGCCUCAAGCUCAAGGAAAACGGUCUCCUGGCCAAGCCCACGCACGGGGACAUCAUUCGCUUUGCCCCACCUCUGGUCAUCAAUGAGGCACAGAUGCUCGAGAGCAUUGACAUCAUCAAGAAGACCAUUCUAUCCAUGUAGAUACAUGGGCAAAGAUCGCAUAGAUCGCCUAGUUUUAAGCUAGUUUUUGUUAAGGUUUUUCAUGUGAAGUCUGAAUUAAAAUACACAUCUGUUAUAGCCAUA